GUCGUGCUUGGGUUGAGGUGAUUGUUCCGUUUUGAACUACAUUCUGUAAAGUUUCAUCACUUUUAGAAAAAAAAUAUUGUUUUGCCUAAUAUGACUUCUAUGGAGGAAGAUGGAACCCCAUCAACUGAUGACGUGCCAGUGGGUAAUCCAGAAGAACUUACUAAAAACCCUACUGCUUUAAAAGAAUCUCAUGAACAGAUGGCCACACUUGAUGUUCUAGUAUGUGGAGAGUGUCAUUCUGCCUUUCAUUUUAUCGAAGAAUUCAAAGAACACAAGAGUGACAAAAAUUGCACUGGUAAAUCUCCUGUUAGAGAUAGUAAUGAAAGCAAGGCACAAGUGUGGGCAUUUCUGUUGUGGAAGUGUUCAUCUGCACGAGAUGGAUCUGUCAUUAGUACAGACAAUAGUUGGAAGCUUUAUCAGCAGUGGUGUCGGAUGCCAGAAGCACAACGUACUGCAUGGAUCACUGCUGGAUCCAAUGUGCAAGCAUUAUCAAAGUUUGCGCAUGCUAAAGUUAUGGAAUUGAAAACUGAAGAUCAACUAGUACCAGUACAGACUCCUACAAAUCAGACUGACACAAAGAAACGUGGAAGACCGAGGAAACAAAACAUUAAAAGUUUUGAAGAAGACACUCAACCAUCUGGUGAGGAAAGCGAUGGAAUGGUUAAGAUUCCCGCACCAAAACCAGUUGUAAACAAAACACCUUUGCCAAGUAUUAAAAAGGAUCUUAUGGACAAGGAAUCGGUCCGUAAUGCACAAGAGCGUGUGCCACCGGAGGAUCGUAUCGCACGGCGCACAGAACGAGAAGGCGCCGACCCAGCAGAGGCGGGCGAGUAUGUUGUCGAGAAGAUACUCGCUAAACGGUUCAAUCCACGACGCAAGCAGUACGAGUAUCUACUCAAAUGGGAAGGAUACCCGCAUGAACAAAACACUUGGGAACCAGUCGAAAAUAUGGAGACUUGCAAACAUCUACUGGAAGCCUUUGAGAAGCAGCUGGCUCGUCAAAAGGAACUAAAGGCGUUACGAGCUCAGCAACUACAACAACACCCAGUACAAGUCAAACAAAUCAACACUCCGUUACCACAUGUCGUUAAGCAAGCGGUAAAGAAAACUGAAAGUCCAGCACUAACUCCAACAGGUCGUUUGCAACGUACAAGCAAAGUUCGAGCUUUAGAUCAAGUAAAAGCUUGGUGCGGCGCUGAGGAUGAACCUGCUGUUAAGAAAAUGAAAAAAGAAAUGUCUUCUGAAGAUGAAGACUAUUCGGACCCAGAUUCGAUUAAAGCCGAGAGGAAAAUGAAUGGGCAGCCUUCACCAAAGACAACAGCUGUAGAUCCCGAUCUAGUAAAAUCAUUGGGUCUCGGAGGGAAAGGGAUGCCUAAUAUCAAAGGAGUCAUUAAAGUUGACCCUAAACAUAUGCCGAAUCUAUCAACUGGUGUGUACAUAAUGUCAAAGAGUUCUGGUAUAAUGAAAAUUGAUUCACCAGGAAAAAUAGGGCCAGGGCUCAACAUAGAUCAAGAUGUGAUAAGGAAACAAAUAUUAGCUGCUAAGCAGAAAAAGACUGAAGAAAUAAAAAAAGUAACAUCAUCACCUGUACGCACGCAAAUGACACCACAGCUGAAGAAAUCUUUCCCACCAAGACAACAAGUGACAGAAAAGACGAUAAUCACGCCUUCAGGACAAAAGAUCAUACAGCGCACGAUUCAGCGGCCCUCUGGCGGGUCCCCUAUGGAUAAAUCGCCGGUGGCUAUACUCAACAAAAAACUUUCACAGGGCGACAGUCUAUUGAGGAGAGGAGGGAUUACACGUGGUCGCGGGCGCGGUUCAUACGCUUCCAUCGCCACUGCCGGCGGGAACAUAGUACGCAUCCGGGAAAAGAUGCCCGUCAGGGAGAUGUUUGAUUUUGAUCAGCAGUCGGACGCGUCGUCAGACACGUCGGACGGCAUAGAAGACCCGUUCCCCACGGAUCUGGGUCCGAUCCCGCCACCGAGCCCGGACCGGCCGCUGUCUCUGUGUCCGGAAACGGGACGGAGGCUCGCGCGCGCCGAGGGGGAGCCCACGCCCCCGCCCACGCCCUCGCCGCCGCCCACGCCCCCGCCACAGACCGCCGCCAUGCUAAUGAAGGUAGAAAUGUCUCCUGGUGGAACGACAGGAAUGCUGGUGCAGGGUGACGGAGCUCAGCCAUCGUUGCCGGUCUUGACAGAUGAUGAUGGCGCGGAGGUGAAAGUGGAAACAAGCGCAGUAAAGCAACUCCUUGAAGAAGGUGUUGGUGUAGAUGAGGGUCAGGAAGUAGGGCUAUUGCACGCUGGUCACCCACCAAUUAUGAUCCGCGGCGAGGAUGGAGUACUGUAUCAGGUGGCGGGAGAGAAUGAAGAUGGUCAGACGUUAUUAGUGGCGGCGGAAGGAGUCGAGGGUGCCGUAGAAGGUGUGGAGGGUGCCGUUGAGGGAGAAGGCGACGGCGUCAUGUACGUCACCAGGGAGGACGGACAGGACGUACUGGCGAUCGAUCCAUCGCAACUGGCGCAACUGAUGCCAGGCGGCGAAGCGGCGCCCGCGUUACAACAAGUGGCCGUGCAAGUGGAGGGGGAGCCUGGAGAGGAUGCCACGCAGGUGAUCGCACAGCUGCUGCAAGCAGACCUGCCGUCGCCAGGUGGCACACGGCGUGUUGUUUUAUUGCUACCAGACGGCAGCUUAACUAUGACAGAAUUAGAUAAAGAACAGUACGAAUCUAUAACAGAAGCUAGCAAAGCACAAGAAUGA